CAGUUUAGCAAUUUCUGUGAAAAAUUUACCAAAACACAUUUGCAUGCCAGGAUAAAGGAAUUUCAUAUUCUGGAAAAGUCUGUUGCUUCUCAUUUGUUCCGGGUGACCCCUCUGCGUGGAGACAAUUUUCAAGGUGAAAGUACCUGCCAAGAUGCUCCACUUGCAGAGUCCACAGAUGCUGCAGAUGCUAAAAAAAUCCUUGUGGAAGAGCCUCCCUGAGUCCUUAAAGGUUUAUGGGACUGUCUUCCACAUGACUCAAGGAAACCCAUUCAAGCUAAAGGCCCUGGUGGACAAGUGGCCUGAUUUUAAUACAGUGGUUAUCCGCCCUCAGGAGCAGGAGAUGACAGAUGAUCUUGAUCACUACACCAAUUCUUAUCAAAUCUACUCCAAGGACCCCAAGAACUGUCCGGAAUUCCUCGGCUUACCAGAAGUCAUCAACUGGAAACAACAUUUGCAGAUUCAAAGUUCACAGUCCAGCCUGGAUGAGGUGAUAGAAAAUCUUGUAGCUAUUAAAUUGGGCAAGGUCAAGCGAACACAAUGCCUUCUCUAUAUGGUGUCUGAGACAACAAAAAAAUUGGUUCAUUCCAUGCAGGAUUCAAAGAACUUAUCACCCAAUGGUGACAACCACAAGUCCAUCAACCAAAAGACAUUAAAACUCUCAUCCCUGGACGUUACCCAUGCUGCCUUGGUGAAUAAAUUUUGGUCCUUCGGUGGCAAUGAGAGGAGCCAGAGAUUCAUUGAACGCUGUAUCCAGACCUUCCCCACCUUCUGUCUCCUGGGUCCUGAGGGGAACCCUGUGUCUUGGUGCCUGAUGGACCAGACAGGAGAGAUUCGGAUGGGAGGCACAGUGCCUGAGUACCGGGACCAGGGCCUUGUCUCCCAAGUCGUCUGUGCCCAGAUCCGUGCUAUGGACAAACUUGGCUUCCCCAUGUAUUCCCAUGUGGAUAGGGCCAACCACAUUAUGCAAAGAGUGAACUUCAACCUGAAGAGCAUCUCCUUGCCCUGUGAUUGGAACCAGUGGAACUGCGUGCCUCUGUGAAGCAGCCCUUAACACAACACAGUGUUGAGUAGAAUGGGCAUGUGACUAGGGGAACAGAUGGGUGGAUGGAGAGAAGGAAUAAAUUGUAAUCAGUGGUAAUGGAGUGGCCUCUGAGUUCUGGGGAAGCAGAGAUGGGAGAUGAACAGAACAGCCUCAGUCUCUAUUCUCAAAUACCUCACAGACUUCCUUUAGUUUCCUCAGUAUGAAACAGACUAGGCAUUCCUGCUGUCCAGCUGGUACAGCUUCUACAUUUCUAGGAUCCUUGUCAUGCUUUAUACUCAGUUGUAUGCUUCCCUAAGUUGUUCUUCCUGAAACUCCUAGUUCAUUGACCCUUGCCAAUUUACCAGUAGGUGGUAAUAUUUUGUGGGUUAUAUGAUUUUUCCCUCUGGCCUUUUUUUUUUUUUGGCUGGACAGUGGCCUGUCUUCUGCGUAGGUCUUUGCAAGAUCAUCCUUUCCCAGGUCACUUCUUAAGUCUUGUAUUAGUAUAAUCACACAGAACUAUAUUACACACAUGCACACACACAAACACACGCAAUUUAUAGGACACAUUGAGGAAAAUUCAAAGAAAAAGACUGAAUGGUGUUAAUAUCUUCUUUUGUAACUCCUUCCCCAAGAAAAUGAUACUAACAUCACUUCUAAAGAUAUCAUUAUGAAUUCUUGGUUUUGUCAUAUUUGAAACGUUUCUAUCCUUGGAAUUAUUAUUCUUGAUUAGUGGGAAUCCUUUCAAGUUGGCUUCUGAGUCUUUUAGACAUGAUUCCACUAAUCAUUGACAGCUUCCUUUCUUUCAUGUUCAAAAAGAUCUUCUAGGCUUGUCUUGCUCAUUUCCUUCCUCAGACCUGGAAUCAACUAUUUCUCCAAGCUCAAUGGUUCCUCUCAUUGGGAAAUUAUAUUGAAGAUCAUAAGUUAGGUUGGUCACUGUUUCCAGGCUUUUUCAAGCUUGGACAUGAAAAAUAUGUGUGAUCUGAAAAAUGUGUGUUUGAUCUUUAAUUUUCCUCAGGAGAAAAUUCAUCAUGACUUCAUACUGAUAUGUCGAACACAGUUUCAGAUUACCUGCUUUUUAUUUAAUGUAUUUGUUUUUCUUUAUUUGUAAUUCUUCCCUCUUACAAUGAAAAUCUUGGUUCUUAAUGACAUUAUAAUUAUUUAAAUUAUGAAUAUAAUUGUUUAUUUAAUUGCCUGAUCAUGUAUACAUACACAUAUAAUUUCAGAAAAACAAUAUAAAUAUUAUCACUAAUAAUGUUAUCACUGAAAAUUUUAUAAUUUUUAGUUUUAAUUCCACUUAUUUUUAACCUUAGGACAUAUCACACUUAGGACAUGUAAUAAACUAUUGUGCUUUAAAGUCAGUUGCAAAAAUUUAUUUCUGUGUGUUUCAACCAUCAGUUUAAAGUACAAUUUGUUUUUGUUUCAUUUUGAUUUUAAAGGAUGGCUUUAAUUUCAUUUUAUUUAAUAUUUAAGAAAAACAUUUACAUGAUUUCAAGGUCAAAUCUACAAGAUAAGGUACAAAGAAGUCUAACUUUCAUUCCUAUGUUCUUUACCCUUUCUUUCCCUCAUAACCAUUUUAAUUAGUUUUUAGUUUUUGGCUUAUCCUUCCACUUUUUAAUACUAUGCUAAAAUGAAGCAAAAUAUAUGCAUUGUUCAGUGCUUUUGCUUUUCUUCCCUGAAACACAUAGCCCAGAGAUAUAUCUUAACAGUAAACAUAGUUCUUAUUCCUUUUUCCUUUUCUAUUCCAUCAUAAGAAUCUGCCAUAAUUUAUUCAACGUCAGUUAUUGAUGCACAUUUUGAGUGUUUCAAAGUCUCCACCUCCACAACAUACACCCUACACUUUAAAUUUACCUAUUCUUUGUAUUUUCUACCCUUUGUGCCUUCAUUCAUGCUAGUCCCCCUGCCUCAAAUAUCUGUUUUUACUAUUUCUCAGCAUCUUAUUCUUUCCCAUUUGUCAAAGUUUAUAUGCAGAGCUGCUCCUUUAAAAUGCUUUUAAGAUUUAAAUCUUCCCAGUUGGAUGUUGAAAUCACUAGUUCCUGAAUGGAAAUUUACACCUUUCUCUGGUCUCCUCUUGAAGAGUGCUCCAUUGAUUCAAUUUGUUUUAUGGUCAUGGCCUUUUUUAGGUGAGACCUGGAUGAGGAAAGUAACUACUUAUAAUGGGUUAGAAGAAUCUGAGGUGUAGCAUUACCCCCAAUAGAUCAAAUGUGCUGCCUGCAGAGAUGAAAACCGGUGCUCUUGGAGGGAAAUUUAGCUUUUAGUCUCUAAAAUCACCCAGGUUGAAGUUUUCUGGGAGUUUACAUGAAAAAGGCUGGUAUCACUUAAGAGAAUAUAGGGGCGUGCCCAUGGAGGAAAGUGUGUGGGAAUAAAAGAGCUGUUCGACAUUAUUGGUUUAUGUUGCUGACCUUGACAAAGUUGUCACCCCUUUGAAGAUACUUUCUGUCUGGUUCUCUAGAAGUAAGAAUAAAAUAAAAGUCUCCCCUGGU